GGGGCGCGCUCUCUGCGCGCAUCCUCGCCGACGCACCUUCGGUCGGGUUCGUGGCUCCUGUCCCUGUCCUAGCGACGUGCGUGCCAGCAUUAGUCACUUAGAGGUAACAGGUGGGACGAGGGAACUGCGAGGCGGAGCCCCUCCUCUGGGGCAGCGGGGGCUGCUCUGCUUCUGGCUGCUGCUCGCUUUGGCCCAAGGUGUCGUCGAGGUAUUUUUCUCCGUGCGUAUCACGCAGUGAGCAAAGUCGGAAAGCGUUUCGCAGACCUUCUGCCCCUACUUUCAAACCAUAUGCUGGGAUCCAGGACACCUAACCGUCCCCGGGGACAUCUGGGCACCCCCCCCCCUUCUAACACUGCAGAGGGGACGCAGUCAUUUUAGAAUCAGAAAGAAGAAAAGGAUUGAAAUCCCACACCAAGGAAACCAUUGUUGACAAUGUAUAGCCUUAAAUAUUCUAGUGCCUGCUCUUGAAGUGGUGUGACCUUUGGCAGAUCACCUGAUCUCACCUGAAAAGAUGAUUGUGAGAAUUGCAGCAGAUGGCGGGCCCCUGGAAUACGUCAGUACAGCCCGACUCUAAACGGACUUUGGAAAGUAGAGAAGAAAAUCCAGUCUGCCUUUUGGAGGACAUUGGACAGCCGAAUAAAUGCAGUAUCUAAAUAUAAAAGAGGACUGCAAUGCCAUGGCUUUCUGUGCUAAAAUGAGGAGCUCCAAGAAGACUGAGGUGAAUCUGGAGGCCCCUGAACCAGGGGUGGAAGUGCUCUUCUAUCUUUCUGAUAGAGAGCCCCUCCGGCUGGGCAGCGGAGAGUACACAGCAGAGGAGCUAUGCAUCAGGGCCGCGCAGGAAUGCUGUAUCUCUCCACUUUGUCACAACCUCUUUGCCCUGUAUGAUGAGAACACCAAGCUCUGGUAUGCUCCGAAUCGCACCAUCACCGUUGAUGACAAGACAUCGCUCCGGCUCCACUACCGGAUGAGGUUCUAUUUCACCAACUGGCAUGGGACUAAUGAUAAUGAGCAGUCUGUAUGGCGACAUUCUCCAAAGAAGCAGAAAAAUGGCUAUGAGAAAAAAAAAGUUCCAGAUGCUACCCCUCUUCUUGAUGCCAGUUCUUUGGAGUAUCUCUUUGCUCAGGGACAGUAUGAUUUGGUCAAAUGCCUGGCUCCCAUUCGAGACCCCAAGACUGAGCAGGAUGGGCACGAUAUUGAGAAUGAGUGUCUGGGAAUGGCUGUCCUGGCCAUCUCCCACUAUGCCAUGAUGAAGAAGAUGCAGUUGCCAGAACUUCCCAAGGACAUCAGCUAUAAGCGAUAUAUUCCAGAGACCUUGAAUAAGUCCAUCAGGCAGAGGAACCUUCUCACCAGGAUGCGGAUAAAUAAUGUUUUCAAGGAUUUCCUGAAGGAAUUUAAUAACAAGACUAUUUGUGACAGUAGUGUAUCUACUCAUGACCUAAAGGUGAAAUAUCUGGCUACCUUGGAAACUUUGACAAAGCAUUAUGGCGCUGAAAUAUUUGAGACUUCCAUGUUACUGAUUUCAUCAGAAAAUGAGAUGAAUUGGUUUCAUCCGAACGACAGUGGAAACAUUCUCUACUAUGAAGUGAUGGUAACUGGAAAUCUUGGAAUCCAGUGGAGACAGAAACCAAAUGUUGUUCCUGUUGAAAAGGAAAAAAACAAACUGAAACGGAAAAAACUGGAAAAUAAACACAAGAAGGACGAGGAGAAAAACAAAAUCCGGGAAGAGUGGAACAAUUUUUCUUACUUCCCUGAAAUCACACACAUUGUAAUAAAGGAGUCUGUGGUCAGCAUCAAUAAGCAGGACAACAAAAAAAUGGAACUGAAGCUCUCAUCCCAUGAGGAGGCCUUGUCCUUUGUGUCCCUGGUAGACGGCUACUUCCGGCUCACAGCAGAUGCCCAUCAUUACCUCUGCACUGAUGUGGCUCCCCCAUUGAUCGUCCACAACAUACAGAAUGGUUGUCACGGUCCAAUCUGCACAGAAUACGCCAUCAAUAAGUUGCGGCAAGAAGGAAGCGAGGAGGGGAUGUAUGUGCUGAGGUGGAGCUGUACCGACUUCGACAAUAUUCUCAUGACUGUCACCUGCUUUGAAAAAUCUGAGAUGCUGGGUGGCCAGAAACAGUUCAAGAAUUUUCAGAUUGAGGUGCAGAAGGGCCGCUAUAGCCUGCACGGCUCAGACCGCAGCUUCCCCAGCCUAGGGGACCUGAUGAGCCACCUCAAGAAGCAGAUCCUGCGUACGGACAACAUCAGCUUCGUGCUGAAGCGCUGCUGCCAGCCCAAGCCCCGAGAGAUCUCCAAUCUGCUGGUGGCUACUAAGAAAGCCCAAGAGUGGCAGCCAGUCUACCCCAUGAGCCAGCUGAGUUUUGACCGGAUCCUCAAGAAGGAUAUUGUGCAAGGAGAGCACCUUGGGAGAGGCACACGGACACACAUCUACUCCGGUACUCUGGUGGAUUAUAAGGACGAUGAAGGAACCUCUGAAGAAAAGAGAAUAAAAGUCAUCCUCAAAGUCUUAGACCCCAGCCACAGGGACAUUUCUCUGGCUUUCUUUGAGGCAGCCAGCAUGAUGAGGCAGGUCUCCCACAAACACAUCGUGUACCUCUACGGCGUCUGUGUCCGAGACGUGGAGAAUAUCAUGGUGGAAGAGUUUGUGGAGGGGGGGCCUCUAGAUCUCUUCAUGCACCGGAAAAGUGAUGUCCUCACCACACCAUGGAAGUUCAAAGUUGCCAAACAGCUGGCCAGCGCCCUGAGUUACUUGGAGGAUAAAGACCUAGUUCAUGGAAAUGUGUGCACUAAAAACCUUCUCCUGGCCCGUGAGGGCAUUGACAGCGAGUGCGGCCCGUUCAUCAAGCUCAGUGACCCUGGCAUCCCCAUCACUGUGCUGUCCAGGCAAGAGUGCAUAGAACGAAUCCCAUGGAUUGCUCCUGAGUGUGUUGAAGACUCCAAGAACCUGAGUGUGGCUGCUGACAAAUGGAGCUUUGGAACCACAUUGUGGGAAAUCUGCUACAAUGGCGAGAUCCCUCUGAAAGACAAGACCCUGAUUGAGAAAGAGAGAUUCUACGAAAGCCGGUGCCGGCCAGUGACACCAUCUUGUAAGGAGCUGGCUGACCUUAUGACCCGCUGCAUGAACUAUGACCCCAACCAGAGACCCUUCUUCCGAGCCAUCAUGAGAGACAUCAAUAAACUGGAAGAGCAGAAUCCAGACAUUGUUUCCGAAAGAAAGCCAGCAACCGAAGUGGAUCCCACACAUUUUGAAAAGCGGUUCUUGAAGAGGAUCCGUGACCUGGGAGAGGGCCACUUUGGGAAGGUUGAGCUCUGCAGGUAUGACCCUGAGGGGGAUAAUACUGGAGAGCAGGUGGCUGUCAAAUCCCUGAAGCCUGAGAGUGGAGGUAACCACAUAGCUGAUCUGAAGAAGGAAAUCGAAAUUCUAAGGAACCUUUAUCAUGAGAACAUUGUGAAGUACAAAGGCAUCUGUACAGAAGACGGAGGAAAUGGUAUUAAGCUCAUCAUGGAAUUUCUGCCUUCAGGAAGUCUUAAGGAAUAUCUUCCAAAGAAUAAGAACAAAAUUAACCUCAAACAACAGUUAAAAUAUGCUGUUCAGAUUUGUAAGGGGAUGGACUAUUUAGGUUCUCGGCAAUAUGUUCACCGGGACUUAGCAGCAAGGAAUGUCCUUGUUGAGAGUGAACACCAAGUGAAAAUUGGAGACUUUGGUUUGACCAAAGCAAUUGAAACUGACAAGGAGUACUACACAGUCAAGGAUGAUCGGGACAGCCCUGUGUUUUGGUAUGCUCCUGAAUGUUUAAUUCAAUGUAAAUUUUAUAUCGCCUCUGAUGUCUGGUCGUUUGGAGUGACCCUGCAUGAGUUGCUUACUUAUUGUGACUCAGAUUCCAGCCCCAUGGCGUUGUUUCUGAAAAUGAUAGGCCCAACUCAUGGCCAGAUGACAGUAACAAGACUUGUGAAUACAUUAAAAGAAGGAAAACGUUUGCCUUGUCCACCUCACUGUCCAGAAGAGGUUUAUCAACUUAUGAGAAAAUGCUGGGAAUUCCAGCCAUCUAAUCGGACAACUUUUCAGAACCUUAUUGAAGGAUUUGAAGCACUUUUAAAAUAAGCAUGAAUAACAUUCAAACUCCUGUGUACCAAGUCCUCCUUCCCCAACCAAUACCCAAGCCAUUUAAAAGAAUUUUUAAUGCAAAAAAAUUUGUAUUUGGGUAUGUAAGGCACACUGUGGUGCUUAUUAUGCAUAAGUAUUUUCCUCUUUAAAUUUGGCACCAAUAACAAAUAAGGACAACCAAAACAAUAGAAGGCACUUAAGCACUCCUCCUUUUGGAAAGAACAUAUACCACCAUUUUGUUUGGCUAGCUUCCCAUCACAAUUGAGCACCAGAAAACACAAAGAGCAGCCAGAAGCACUUGUUCCCAGCUGCCAGUAGAUCUGAAAUGCUUUCCUGGCAGAUAAAGAUUGAUGGACUUAGCCAAUACUCCAGCAUACCCUCAAAUUUCAAUAUCUAUACAGUGAUAAACCAAGCAUUCUUGAAAUAUUAGAUACUAGUUAGUAGACUAUUGUUUCUAUACAAAGAUGAGUGUAUUCCCGUCACCAGUAGGAUUUAAACUUUGAGUUAUUUCUUCAGUGGCUUUGCUCCUGUCCCCGUGGGUGACCAGCACUAUGGAUUUUUGAGAAAACUGGGCAGACCCAGGGGGAAAGCUGUGGAAUAGAUACUUUGCUGCAUGUUAAUUCUUGAGAACCAAGCCUGUGCCAGUGCUUUCCUAAACAAUAUAAAGAUCUCAGAUACUAUCAUACGUGCUUUUAAGAAAUAUUCAUGUAUAUCCUUUUAUAACUCUACCACUUGUUCCAGCAUUGGUUUUGGAUGCUGUAUGCAACCAGUCAGUGUUCUAUUAGACAGUGUUCAGUUUGCUUGGAGGUAGCUGGGUAAUCAAAAAUGUCUACUCUCUGAUUCAAUGUGAACCAUAAGAACUUUAUGACCAAGAGUCUGAAAAAACUUUCUGUUAAUGCUGUCUAGCAUUUGUUUGAUAUCAUUACUUUUCACCUUUUGAGCCUGAAAAAGAGUUCUGGAUUGAUGCAAUGGCAACAAUAAACUUGCCAUUUAAAUUUAUUCAAUAACCCUACAUCACCAAGGUGUCUGUCUGUGUCAAACCUGUGGCUACUCUAUAUGCACUUUGUUUACUCUUUAUACAAAUAAAUAUACUAGAGACUUC